AAUGAGGUCACUGGCUGCACGGCAGAGUCAGUUUAGUGUGUGGAAGAAUCGAGAGUUAGCCGGUGUGUCAGGGACAGCGUAGCUAAAGACAAUUUUACUGUUUGGGUUCAACCUCAAACCAAGCAGGCUUUUACUCCACAACGCCACCAGGAUCGUCCAGUUUGUAAGAUUUUGCAGCAGCACCUUGACAAUGGGGUGAUUGUUCUACUUCCAAUCCACUCAUCAGCAACAAGAAUAAGACUGCACUCUCCUGAUGUCAGAAGACUCAGACUCCAAGCACUACUGCUUCUCAGUACUGGAGGACCAGGAUGGAUCGCCAGCAUGCAAAGCGUCCACAUCGUGCAGCACCAUGCAAAGGGGGGCCUCGGGAUGCAGCUCAAUGGCACACCUCCAGAGGAUGAGCGGCUACAGCCAAAGUGGGCCUGACCUCGGCCUGCCGUCUGAAGGCAGUGACAGCAGCGGUCAGGACCCUCCCUCCUCGCCAUACAACCAUUGCAAAAGCGCCCGCUCCAGGUCACUCCCUGAGGAGGACGUGGAGAUGAAAAGUAGCGGGUCCAGCGGCAGCGGCACCGAGUCGCACGGCAACGAGAGCCAUGGAAACGAGAGCCACGGCAAUGAGAGCAACGGCUUGGAGUCUGUGGGCAGCUCCAAUAGUAACAGCAAAGAUUCCGCUUUACUGGAAUCUUCUGAAAGCAACAAGAGCUCCAACUCCCACAGUCCAUCUCCCCCUAGCAGCUCUAAUGCCUUCAGUUUGCUGAGCUCCGAGCAGGACAACCCAUCCACCAGUGGCUGCAGCAGUCAAGAAUCUGCCAAAGCCAAGACCCAGAAAGAGGUGAUAAAAACCCUGAAGGAGCUGAAGCUUCACCUGCCGGCCGAGAAGAGACACAACAAGUGUACCACAUUGAAUACCCUCAAGCACGCCUUGCGUUGUGUCAAGCAAGUGCAAGCCAAUGAGGAGUAUUACCAGCUGCUGAUGACCAAUGACAGUCAACCAUCAGGCCUGGAUGUUUCCUCGUAUACUAUAGAGGAAAUAGACAGCAUUACUUCUGAAUACACCCUCAAAAACAAUGAUAUUUUUGCGGUUGCCGUGUCGCUCAUCACAGGAAGGAUUGUGUACAUGUCCGACCAGGCAGCCUCCAUCCUCAACUGCAAAAGGGAAGUGUUCAAGAACACCAAGUUUGUGGAAUUCUUGAUCCCACAGGAUGUCAGCGUGUUCUACAGCUUCACCACACCUUACCGUCUGCCCUCCUGGAGUAUGUGCACUGGAGCCGAGUCAUCACCGCCUGACUGCAUGCAGGAAAAGUCCUUCUUCUGCCGUAUUAGUGGUGGUAAGGAGUGUAAGGGUGACCUGCAGUACUAUCCGUUCCGCAUGACGCCAUACCUGAUGAAGGUCCAAGUAACAGUUCAUGCUGAGGACCAGUUCUGCUGCCUCCUGUUGGCCGAAAGGGUGCACUCUGGUUACGAUGCACCCAGGAUACCCACAGACAAACGCAUCUUCACCACCACACACUCUCCAAGUUGUGUGUUCCAGGAUGUGGAUGAACGGGCGGUCCCUCUCCUCGGGUACCUGCCGCAGGACCUGAUUGGCACGCCGGUCCUCCUUCACUUGCACCCUAAUGACAGACCCAUCAUGCUGGCCAUUCACAGAAAGAUCCUCCAAUACGCAGGGCAGCCGUUUGACCACUCAUCUAUCCGAUUCCGUGCACGGAAUGGCGAGUAUGUCAUCCUUGACACCAGCUGGUCCAGUUUUGUCAACCCCUGGAGCCGCAAGGUCUCCUUUGUUAUCGGGAGACACAAAGUGCGAACGGGACCUGUGAAUGAGGACGUAUUUAUGGCCCCGGUCUCGGAUGGUGCCCAGAAGAAGACCAUGGACUCUGAUAUCCAGGAGAUCACUGAACAAAUCCACAGACUCCUCCUGCAGCCAGUUCAUAACAGCGGGUCCAGUAGCUACCGAAGUCUGAACAGCACUGACCACCUGCUUGGCAUGACCUCUUCCGGUGAAAGCCUCAACAAUGGCAAUGGUAGCAAGUUCCAUCUUGAGGAGGAGGAAGUGAGCAGCAAAGCCAGGCCGCGAACUUUUCAGGAAAUCUGCAAGGGAAUUCAUCUACAGAAGAGCCAGGAGCAGAGCAAGAAAGUUAAUAUUGAUUCUGUGCAGAAGAGCUCUGCUGUGGUUCGGCCCAAGGACUCUGCCGCUUUCCUCAACUGGAAGGAGAACGGGACGCUGAUUGAGGAAAUUAGGCCCUCUUUCCACGAGGAGAUGUCGUUGAAUGAUCACACUGUCUACUCCUACCAGCAGAUCAGCUGUCUGGACAGUGUUAUCAGGUACUUGGAGAACUGUAAUGUUCCCAUUGCUCUGAAGAGGAAGUGCCAGUCCUCCUGUAACACCACGUCCUCUAACUCCGAUGAGGACAAACACAAAGGAUGCACCGCCAUGCAGGUUUCUGAAGAACCAGCCUUGUUGAAAGAUCAGUCCGGUCUCUCCACUUUGGAAGACAAAAAGCCCAGUGAUACGGCCACAGCGGUAGUGGGCACUUCGCUGCCCCUACCAUUACCUAACAAACCAGAAAGUGUGGUGUCCAUAACCAGCCAGUGUAGCUACAGUAGCACCAUAGUGCAUGUUGGGGACAAGAAGCCUCAGCAAGAAUCAGAGAUCAUAGAAGAUGUCUCAGGUGCAGGUGAGACUGGAGAAUCUGCCCACAACUCUGCUGCGCCACCUUGCACUGUGGGACCUCCCAGCCAGGAGAGGGAGUCUUACAAGAAACUGGGCUUGACAAAGCAGAUUUUGGCAGCCCACACACAGAAGGAGGAGCAGGCCUUCCUUUACCGCUUUAGGGAACUUCGCAAACUCACAAACCUCAAAGCCAACUGCUCGCAGUACCUGGAGCGCCAGAGGGAAAAGGUCACCUGUAACGCAGUACCAGCUGCCCAGCUCAGCAAGCAGAGCGGUCCGGUGGGCGGGCCCAACAUGGCACGGCGCAGCGUCCGCAAUAAGAAGACCAAAUCAAAGAGAGCAAAGCAGACCGAGUCCUCAGACAGCACAGCGUCCCAUCCAAGAUAUCACCAGCAGCAGCAUCCGCGAGCUCCCCCCCUCAACCACGGCCUUAACCCCACCUCCUGGUCUCCUUCGGACACAUCCCAGGCCACGUUCCCUGUGGCCUACCCUGCCGUAAUGCCUGGCUACCCCCUCCAGGUUUACCCCAGAGCCACUUCUACAUCCCCCUGCACGGAUGCCACUCUGCAAGGCUUUGCUGACAAUCAAGGGGUCCCAGCUCCGACUUGCCCACCAGGCAUCCAUCAUGCACCCUACACGGCACCCAUGGUCGCCCCCAUCGUGGCUCUGGUGCUCCCCAACUUCAUGUACCCUCCUAUGGCCGCUGGACCUCCUCCCCCGCAGCCAGUGUACCACCCAGGGACUGUGGGCUUCUCCAGCCAGGCACAGGCUUAUAGUCAACCAGCGUUUCCUGCACAGGGAACCUUCAUGGCACCGCCCCCCUUCAACGCUCAGACCCAGUUCAAUACCCAGAACCCCUUUGCCCCUCAGAUGGGCUAUAUGACGCCAUCCUUCUACUUCCCUCCAUCCUCAGAAACCCAAAAGGCCCUUGUGGAGGGACAGUCUCGAUCCUCAACACCACAGUCUGGAGGCGGACGUGGGGGCAGGGCUUCCCCUCCGCUGUUUCAGUCUCGGUGCAGCUCCCCUCUGAACCUGCUGGAGCUGGAGCUGUCUGUGGACCGACAGGACAGCACGGUGCUGCCCCCUGGAGGACAAUGCAGCAACGCAGCUGAAAGAGAGAAAGGAACAGGUGGCGGCGGGCAAGCCAAAGAAAGAGAUCUGAAGCAGCCAUCUGUCAGUCUCCUUGGUCCUCCUGGACCGUUGUAUUACGAGGGCACGUCCUGUGUCUGUGAGAGUUUGUCUUGGGGUGAAGUGUUCUCUAGGCUGCUGGCUUGCAGCUUUGAGGUGUCUGGCCGCGACGGCAACAACAGCGACGCCAACUCAUCCUCCAGCGACAUGUUUGAUAUUAUCCUGCAUGAGGACUCUUGCUCGGGCACCGGCUCGGCCACCUCGGGGUCCAUGGGCUCUCGGUCUAACGGCUGCGGAACCUCGGCCAGCGGGACGUCCAACAGCGGAACGUCUAAGAGUAGAACCUCGGCCAGUGGGACAUCUGACAGCGGGACAGGUAGCAACAGCAGUAAAUACUUUGGCAGCGUGGACUCAUCCCAGAACAGCCAGAAGGUGAAAGGUCACUCGAUCAGCAGCGAGAUGGAGCAGAGCGACCACUUCAUGAAGUACAUACUGCAGGAUCCUAUAUGGCUGCUCAUGGCCAACACUGACGACAAGGUGAUGAUGACCUAUCAGCUCCCUUGUCGUGACAUCCAAAAGGUUCUCAGAGAGGACAGCGAGAAGCUAAGGUUGAUGCAGAAGAACCAGCCACGCUUCACAGAGGAGCAGAAGAAGGAGCUGAUUGAAGUGCACCACUGGAUGAAGAAGGGAGGUCUGCCUAAAGUCCUAGAUGUCAAGGUCUGCUCCUGCUGCAACGGCGACAUUGAGGCGGCGCUGGCGGACGUUCUCCCAGACCUGGACCUUGUGGACCACGAGCCUGUGGAGCUCAGCUGCCAGAGGACAGCAAGAGAGGAGCCCUCCAGCACCGAUAUCACCUCUUCCCCUGGCUCCUGCUUUCAACAAAGUAGACUAUAAACACAAAAUCACUCAAGACUGUUUUUUGCCUUGACAAAGGAGGGACUUGACACAGCAGCAUCAGGCACCCCCCCCCAUCAUUCCAAAAUACAUGUCUCAAUUUUGCUGUAAUUGUCCUGAUUUAUUGUAGAAUGUCUUAUUUUCUUAAUUUAUUAUUUGAAUGUGCAGUGCUGACUGUGCUGCAGACAUUUUUUGGUGUGCUUUGUUCUUUUUUCAAACUGUGCAGCGCUUUAUGUACGCUAGUGAUGUGCAGAAGGAACACGGAAAGGGACAUUCAAUUCGAUGUUAACGUGUGUAUGGCAGUGAGUGAGUUCCAACAACACAUUGCUUCUGUAGAGUUUGGAGCACCGUAUGAACACACAAGUGCACUUUGUGGGGCGACGUUGGUGGAUGAGGAUUUGUGUUCAUCUUUAUCAGUAUCGGCCAUUUUAAUUCUUUUCUGUUUUUACAAAUUGUCUAAUAAAUGACUGAACCACUGAACAACCUUCAUAUCAAUGCAAUAUCACACUGUUUAAGCUAAGCCAGUGUUAUGUUUCUUCAAACAGUGGCCACUUCUCCAACUGAUGCUGAACCUUGAUUUCAUGCCGGGUGAUGACUCUAGUGUUUCACCUUCCUGUCAGGACAAAACAAGUGGUGCCAUGUGAAGGAGGUGAGGUAGCAGAGGUAUAGCAUCUCUAAAGUUGGUGGAGUUCAAAGUGGAGUGGAGUUCAAAGUGUUGCAUGGGGGAAAUACCCUUUGAAAAUCAGCUGAAGAGAAUUAGUGAUUAAAAAACUUUUGGGUAGAAAGACAAAAGAAAUUGCAAAUUAGGAAUGCAUUAUUAUGUAAAUAUAUAAACAGCAUAUUUUCAAUUAUUUCCCACUAUUUGUAUGUGUAGUGUAUAUUAUAACCAUUUGAAAUCAGAAUACAUGCCUGAUGAAAAUCUUAAAACCAGUAGAAAAAUUGCUAGAGUUUGCAUUUUGCACAUAAUGAGGUUUUAAGUAGAGCUACAAUAUGCAAAAACAAGAAGGGGGAGUGAGACAAAAAGUAUUUUGAAAAAGUAAUGUAUUGAAAACAACAAACUGAAAUAGGCUGUUUAUCAGCUGAUCAAAAGUUUAAGACCAUCGCUCAAAAAAUAACAAAAAACUCUCCAAACCAGAACAUAAAAUGUUCUGAGUAGGACUCAGGAAUGAGUAGCUCCACCGUUCUUGUUAAUCACUUCAAAAAUGGGUUUGGGCUUGCUUGAUGCGAGUGUUUCCAGGAGGCUAGUGGAAACAUUGCUCUAAGUGGUGAAGAUGGCUUCACGAAGGGUAUCAACUGUCUGGAACUGAUGGCUAUUUUUAUAAACUUCCUUUGCCAUCCAUCCCCUAAUGUUCUCUAUGGGAUUGAAAUGAGGGGAACAUGCAGGAUGGUCCAAAAGAGUGAUGUUAUUCUCCCUGAAGAAGUCCUUGGUCAAGUGAGCAUAGUGAACUGCAGCGUUGUCCUGUUGAAAAACCCAACUGUUACCACACAGACGAGGACCCUCAGUCAUGAGGGAUGCCCGCUGCAACAUCUGCACGUAAGCAGCGGUCUUUUGACGACCCUGCACCACCUGGAGCUCCAGUGUUCCACUGAAUGAAAAAGCACUUCAGACCAUGAUGGACCCCCCUCCACUGUGCCGGGUAGAAAACAUCUCAGGUGGGAUCUCCUUGUCAUGCCAGUAAUGUUGGU